GGAGUGAUGACGUGGAUGCUCCUUUCCCACGUGGAGGCAACUUUGGGCAGAGGCGUCCGGCUGCAGGCCAGAGUGCAAACAGCCAACACCCACGGUUUCAAAAUGAAGGCGGAUGUGGAGCGGCUGCUGAUCCAGUUCAAAGAUGAAGCCGGGGAGGUUCUGGGGGCCCCCUUUGACGUCCCCGUUGAUAUCACCCCAGAAAAGCUCCAGCUGGUUUGCAAUACCCUCUUAGAGAAGGAAGAGCCCCUCCCCUUGGCCUUCUACGUUCAGGACUCUGAAAUCGUAGCCUCCCUGGAGAAGACCCUGGCCGAACUGGCCCUCGAGACAGAGCGGGUGGUCGAGAUCGUCUACCAACCCCAGGCCGUGUUCCGGGUGCGGGCGGUGACACGCUGCACCAGUUCCUUGGAGGGGCACAGCGAGGCCGUUAUCUCGGUUGCCUUCAGCCCUACCGGAAAGUACCUGGCCAGUGGGUCUGGGGACACCACCGUGCGCUUCUGGGACCUGAACACGGAAACACCCCACUUUACAGCCAAGGGUCACCGCCACUGGGUGCUGAGCAUUGCUUGGUCGCCCGACGGCCGGAAACUGGCCUCCGGGUGCAAGAAUGGGCAGAUACUGCUCUGGGAUCCAAGCACGGGGACCCAGAUUGGCCGCAUCCUGGUGGGGCACUCCAAGUGGAUCACCUCACUCUGCUGGGAACCUCUGCAUUUGAACCCCGAGUGUCGCUACUUAGCCAGUUCUUCUAAAGAUGGCAGCAUUCGCAUCUGGGACACGGUGGCGGGCCGCUGUGACAAAAUCCUGACCAGCCACACCCAGUCGGUCACCUGCCUCCGGUGGGGAGGCGACGGCUUGUUGUACUCCUCCUCACAGGAUCGGACCAUCAAAGUCUGGCGGGCCCAAGAUGGCAUCCUGUGCCGCACGUUGCAGGGCCACGCCCACUGGGUAAACACCAUGGCGCUCAGCACUGAUUAUGUUCUCCGGACGGGGGCGUUUGCACCGGCCAAGGCUUCUGUCAACCCCCAGGAAGUGAGCGGAUCACUGGCAGAAAUAAAGCAAAACGCCUUGCUGAGGUACAACCAAGUCAGGGGCCAAGGACCAGAAAGGCUGGUCUCUGGAUCAGAUGACUUCACCUUGUUUCUGUGGCUUCCUGCAGAAGAUAAGAAGCCAUUGAGUAGAAUGACCGGCCAUCAAGCCCUGAUAAAUCAAGUUCUCUUUUCGCCGGACACCCGCAUCAUCGCCAGCGCAUCCUUCGACAAGUCGAUCAAGCUCUGGGAUGGAAAGACCGGGAAGUAUCUCACCUCCCUGCGGGGACACGUCUCAGCGGUGUACCAGAUUGCGUGGUCGGCCGACAGCCGUCUGCUGGUCAGCGGGAGCAGCGACAGCACGCUCAAAGUGUGGGACGCCAAGACGCAGAAGCUGGCCGUUGAUCUGCCUGGACACGCUGAUGAGGUGUUUGCAGUGGACUGGAGUCCCGAUGGCCAACGGGUAGCAAGUGGAGGGAAGGACAAAUGUCUCAGAAUAUGGAGGCGAUAAUGGAAGGACCAAAGAAGAUCCUGCCUGAAAUUCUCUUGGGGCCCUAACUGCAAUCUCCUCCUCCUCUUGUUUUAGGGAAGAUUUGGGGGUUUAAGAACAGGGCCGUUGAACCCAGAGAAGGGAGUCCUCUCCUUGCAGACAGCUUCCGAGUUUUAGCCGAGGUUUGAACACCAGAAAAUUAUAUCAAAUGUUUGCAUCCAGGAUCCCAACAAUGUGGAUGCUGCAGCGUAAGCCAAAAGGCCUUCAGCAGGUUACAUUUCACCCUAAGUUAUGAACUAUGCUGGUCAUGAAUAAGCCACCAUUCCCUUGCUUUGAACUUCUGUCAAUAAAAGGGGUAUAAUCAUGUCAUUCCCUCUAACAGCAAACUCAGGGGUGAGUACAGAAAGAAUUGGGGCUCUCAGGAAACCAAAGGAAGGUGUCAGCGUGCUUGGCUGAACUCGGGGACUUAGACCAUUAAAAAAAUCUAUAUAGGAAGGCAAAAACCACCAGGAAAAAUUCAGUGAGGACUGAAGAUGCUCGGUAGCCACAAUGUUGACCGGCGUUUGGAAAAUUAAGACCCAAAGAUGGAAUGGAGUAGCCCAAAGGAGGCUGGAGGCUGGCAGGAAAUCUGGACCAGCGAUACUUCUACUUAGACGAUGGGACUAUUGUGCACUGCAAUGUUUCUUGACAUUUCUUAAUUAUAGCUUUUUAGAUCAAA